AUGGAUAUCGUCGCACUCAGCGACAUCAGGUUUUCUGAACAAGAUCAACUGGAGGAGGUGGGUGUCGGUUACACCUUCUGGAGCGGUCGUCCUAAGGCCGAAAGACGGGACGCGAGUUUUGCCUUUGUCAUUCGGAACGACAUCGUCGGACGACUGCCCUGUCUGCCGCAGGGCAAUAACGAUCGUCUGAUGGGCCUCCGCCUGCCUCUCCGAGGAGGCAAAUUCGUCCCCAUCAUUAGCGUCUACGCUCCAGCGAUGAAAAAUCCUGACGCAACAAGAAACAACUUCUACAAAUACCUGAAUACUCUCCUGGAGACUGUGUCGAGGACAGAUAAGUUGAUUGUGCUUCGUGAUUUCAAUUUCCGAGUCAUUCGGCAUCCGGCUGUCCCGAACGAUUAA